AUGGAUCUGGUUCAAAAGGAGCAUGACAGGCUUCUGAAGAAGCUGAGGACCUCCCAGGGCAUUAACAAUGUCCAGGCUACGAUUGAUAUGCUCCAGUCCGCCCGGGAUACUAUUGCUGCUGACCCCAACCAGGCCGCCAUAGCCUUGACCAGACUUCAGAAUCCCGUCAAGGCAUCCUUUAAUGCAAUCAACGAUAGUUUGAAAGAGACUCACGGCGGUCUCAACAAGUACACCAAGUCAUUGGAUAAGCUCUUCAAAGAUAGGCCCCUCCCUAGCACCGAGCACGAUGUCCUCUCCGAACAAGAACACUUGAUCAACCGUGCCAUCGCCAUGCAUCUCCUCCGCGAAGGCCAAUUCUCCGUCGCCGCCACCUUCCUAUCUGAAAUCGCCGAGAAGAAAGACUUGAUGCAUAACCCCGCUUCACCCUCCUCCUCCGCCUCCCCCGAAUCAUCUAGUAGCCUUCUAAACCUGGAUGAGGUCCCCUCCCCGGAGAUUCGCAAGGAGUUCGCCUCGAUGUAUUACAUCCUCUCGCAACUGAAAGAACGAAAGAACCUCCUCCCCGCCAUCGAAUGGUCACGGGAGAACCGUGAGGCGCUGGAAGCCCGCGGCAGCAAUCUAGAAUUCGAGCUAUGUCGCUUGCAGUUUGUCUGGCUCUACCAUGGCGAGUCGGACAUGUCGGGAGGUAACCAUGUUCCUGGGAACUGGCGCGCCGCGAUGGCAUACGCCAAACGUGAAUUCCAUACCUUUCUGCCGCGAUACAUCCGUGAGGUGCAGCAGCUGAUGGGCGCCAUGGCCUUUUGCCCGAAUUUGCAUGGCUCACCGUAUUCAGCGAUCUUCAACAACACGUCGGCAUGGGACGAUGUGGCUCAAUUCUUUACUAGAGAGUUUUGUUCACUGCUGGGACUGUCGGCGGACUCACCACUUUACAUUGCCGCGACUGCUGGAGCGAUUGCGCUGCCUACACUGCUGAAGUUGCAGACAAUUAUGAAGGCCAAGCGCACUGAAUGGACGAGCGAGAAUGAGCUACCGGUUGAAAUUCCACUUCCGCCCUCAUACCUCUUCCAUUCGAUCUUUGUUUGCCCCGUUUCUAAGGAGCAAGCUACUGACGAGAACCCGCCCAUGAUGAUGCCCUGCGGGCACGUCAUCGCAGAAGAGUCGCUCAAGCGUCUCAGUAAGGGCAGUCGGUUUAAGUGUCCCUACUGCCCGAACGAGAGCCACAUGAAAGACGCCCGAAAGGUGUUCCUGUGA